AUGUUCAAACUUGGUCUUCCACCUACUAAUGUCACUUUCAAUACCCUAUUUAACGGCCUUUUAUCUAAGGCCAAAAUCACAGAUGCAGAAAAAAUGUUUGUUGAGAUGCUAAAGAUGGGGUAUGAACCUGAUGUGAUUACUUAUAGCACUAUAAUUAAUGGUUUAUGCAAAACCGGCAACACGACCAGGGCUCUUCAUUUGAUCAAGAAGAUGGAAGAAAAAGGUUGUACGCCAGCAGUGGCGACAUAUAAUACUAUCAUAGAUAGCCUUUGCAAGGAUAAACGGGUAAACCAAGCCACUGAAUUCCUAUUUGAAAUGUUUGAUCGGGGCAUUCCACCAAAUGUUGUUACUUACAGCUCGAUUCUGCACGGCUUUUGCAAAUUGGGUCGAUUGAAUGAAGCAACAAGCUUGUUCAAUCAAAUGGUUGAAAGGAAUGUUAUGCCAAAUACAGUGACAUUCACUAUUUUGGUUGAUGGACUCUGCAAAGAAGGGAUGAUUUCAGAAGCUCGGUGUGUUUUUGAAAGGAUGACUGAAAAGGGUGUAGAACCAAAUGUUUACACUUACAAUGCUUUGAUGGAUGGAUACUGUUUAAGAAGCCAAAUGAAUGAGGCCCAAAAUUUGCUCAACAUCAUGGUUCGCAAGGGUUGCGCACCUAGUGUUCGAAGUUAUAACAUAUUGAUCAAGGGGCACUGUAAGAGUGGAGGGAUUGAUGAGGCAAAAGGACUCCUUGCUGAAAUGUCUCAUAAAGCAUUGACUCCUGAUACUGUCACUUAUAACACUCUUAUGAAAGGUUUUUGCCAUGUAGGGAGACCUCAGGAUGCACAGAAGCUUUUUAAGGAGAUGUGUUCGUAUGGCCUGCUUCCGAAUUUGAUCACUUACUCGAUUGUGCUUGAUGGCUUAUGCAAACAUGGCCUUUUGGACGAGGCAUUCAAAGUGCUCAAGGCAAUGCAGGAGAGAAGGAUAGAACCUGAUAUUUUCAUUUAUACUAUCCUUAUUCGAGGGAUGUGCAAUUUUGGCAAGCUUGAAGCUGCAAGGGAACUGUUCUCCAAUCUUUUUGUUAAAGGGAUACAACCUGAUGUGGUUACAUAUAAAGUCAUGAUCAGUGGACUUUUGAAAGAAGGACUAUCAAAUGAAGCAUGUGAGUUGUUUAGAAAGAUGGCAGUUGAUGGCUGCUUGCUGAAUAGUUGCACUCACAACCUUAUAAUCCAAGGAUUUCUUCGAAACGGUGACACAUCAAAUGCAGUACAACUAAUCGAAGAGAUGGCAGGUAGAGGGCUUUCUGCAGAUUCAUCUACAUUUCAGAUGUUAUUGGAUCUGGAAUCUUAUGAUGAAAUCAUAAGACGAUUUCUGCAUGGAAACUCUCAAGGUAGAAAAAUGAAGUGA